AUGAAUCGCCAUUCCGCACACCCUACAGAAUCAUUAUAUGAUGAAAUAUUGCAUGAGAUCGACAACAACGUUUUAUCCAUUAAGAUACCUAAGGAUCGACGUCGUAUUCAAACUGUGAACGGACAAGCUGCUGCCGAACCCGCAUCUACCAUCGAUGCUAGAUGUUUCGACAAAUAUGGCAAAAAGUGUAAGAAAAGCUGUCCAAAGGUCAGUGUAAAACACAAUCAGACGCCCCCUCCGAAAAAACCAGAAGAAGAAAUGUUAUUGUUAAAGACAAUAAGACAAAUUACCCCUACCGGCGAUAUGAAGCACAGUCUCGAGGUAGAAUUUAAGUCGCCGCGAAAUUACAUACCGUUGCCGGAACCAGGACCUUCUCCGCCCAUAAUUGUUCCGAAAGAACCUAUUAUAGUGAAAAAGCUCGAGAAUAAAGACAAGAAAAAAGUAAAGCAAUAAAGAUAAACAUCAA